UUCUACUUUUGGAGAAUGUGUAACAGCAAGUCGCACAUUACACGCUAAAAGCCGAGCCAAAAUGGAACCAACACCAUCAGCCGACCUCGCCAGUCCGAUGGCAACUACCACUCCAGUUUUAUCAGAAGCCACUCGCGCCGCUGUGCUCGAAGCCGAAGGCAACAACGUUCCGUCCCACUGUUUGGUUUGCUACGGCGACCUUACUUUGACAACCAUAACGCCUUGCCAUCAUAACGAAAUCUGUGGGGUUUGCCAUUUGCGUUUGCGUCAUUUGCACCGCGACAAAAAAUGCCCCAUCUGCAAGUCAAAGAAUGACCACGUGAUUGUAGAUCAACCUGGAAAAGAGUUUGACGAGUACCCCAUCUACGGCAAUGAAUUGGGGACUGCCUUUACCUACCGCGACGAUGUCGGAAUGUUUUUCUUGCUGAGUUAUUAUGAAACUGAUAUCAAGCCGCUUUUUGGUUACCACUGCACCGAACAAGGUUGUACCUACGACGGGAGCAACAUGGAAAAUGUGGGAAACGCCAACGCCUAUACGAAAAAGGCACCAAACCCCACGCGGGGAUUGGUGGACCACCUGCGAACCGUUCACCGCAAGGCAUUGUGUCAGCUUUGCGUCGAUCACCAACGUGAUUUUGUGUCCAGACUUUCACGAUUUUCACCGAGCGGUCUGAAAAAACAUCUAGCGAAAGGUGAUGGCCCCAUGUCUGGCUUUGAAGGACACCCUGCUUGUGAAUUCUGUAGGGGUCGAAGGUUCUACGAUAUAACUGAGCUUCAUCAACACCUCAACAAAGAUCACUACAAGUGUCACGUCUGCGAAAAGCAGGGGUUGCACAAUCAGUUCUUUAGUACAUAUCAGUCGCUUGAACGACAUUUUGAUUCGCAACAUUUUCUCUGUAAGGAUGUCCAAUGUUUGCAAGCGCGAUUUACAGUGUUUGAGAAUGAAUUGGAUUUGCGGCAUCAUGAGCGCCAAGUGCAUGGAGGUGUAAGCUCGGGCUCAUCCAAAAUACAACUCGAAUUUCGUGUCCGAAGGUCAACGGAAGAUCCUAGCCAGGAAAUUCCUACGACUAACGAUUUUAAUUAUGGCGUUGAUGGACAAGCGUUUGUACCGCAAGCUUUGCCACAAGUAGCAGGGAAUGUUUCCUUGCACCCUAUGCACGUCGAAAGAACCGCCGAGUUAAGACAACAGGCGGAAGCUUUGAGACAGAAUUAUGGCGCGUCAGACACGACUGAAUCAUUUCCUUCUUUAGCGGAGACAGACGCUCAAAUCGAUGAAGCCGCUACCCAAUCGUUACGUCUGGGCUGGACGUCUGGGCUAUCCAUGCAGCGUAUGGGAGGCAGAAGGAAGAACGCGGGGCAGGUGACCGAAGAAGAUUUUCCCACUUUACGGCCGGUCGCGAAACAACACUCUAGUGCCAUGUUGAAACUGCCACCGAAGGGCCCGACCAUCCAAAAUCGGUCAAUGCAAUCGACAUCAAAUGGGAAAUGGAGAGGAACCGUUCCAUCUGUUGCGAUUUCUCGCACCACGCCCGCAUUUCUCACCCCGUCAUCAAAUGGUGCAGUUUCGAACAACGGCAAAGUCAAUUUGAUAGCCGCAGAUUUUCCCACCCUUGCUGCUGGUCCCAAGGCCAAUCAAUAUGCCGCGGCUGACGCUAUUACAAAAAGGAAUCGUGCACGAGGCAACCUGCCUCCUUUCAACAGCGUAACCGAUUUUCCUCCGCCCCCUUUGAUGCCUUCGACAAGCACAUCGGCUCGAAAUCGAAUGUUGGUUAGUAACGUUCGCGAAACUAAAAGUCCUUUGGUAGCUGGCAACACGUUAAAUGGUCGCACGUCGGUGUCCAACACCAAGGUUUCUGUAGAAGAUAUGAAAAUCACGCUGGGAGUGAAAAGCUACAAGAGGUUAAAGCAGCUUACAAAAGAAUUUGCGAGUAACGCACUUGACCCCGACGCAUACAUCGACCACGCUGCUGCAAUUUUUGAUAAAGGCUAUGGAGACUCGGAUUUCUGGAGGUUCUUACCGCCUCUCUUGUCGUCAUGCCCUAACCAUGUGCAAGCCGAACGCUUGAAAGGCAGCAAUGGGAACAUUGUUGAUCCCAAUGUGGGACACGGAACGGCUGGUCUAGCAGCUAGCGAGUGGAAUUCUCAGGGUCCCACAAUGGUCCCCGAUCCUGUCGAACCAACCGAAGCGAGCCAUUGGUUGUCAACUUCGGCUCGAACUGCCGCGCAGCCAGCAUCGUCCGUGGUGACGUUCCAGCCAGCUAACCGCCCACACACUCCACUACUGACCCGGAACACAACUGGGAAACAGACGAGCGCCUGGGGCGGUGCUACUGGCGCUUCGUCCGUUGUGAGGGCAAAAGCACCACCGGGAUCGGUUGCUGUAGCUGCAGCAAAUACUGCGCCUCAAACAGGGUCAGCAACGAAGUAUAUGGCCCGAGAGCAAAAGCAAAAAAGCGCCAAGGCUCAGCAGCGGCAAGAAGGCAAGGGCAAAGGCAAGAAGAAACAAAAUAGCGAAUUACGUCAACUAGCAUUUGGAUAAAUCGAAAUAACUCCUCCUUCUCGCAGCGUU